AUGAGCGCAGAUGGCGACUGCGGUGGGGUAGGGUUUUACCCCGGAUCGAGGAGCAGUAGGAGCACGCGUCCGAUCCGACCCCUCCCACUCCCGACAGCUCACUCGGCCAACAUCGCUGGCUCAGAUCCAAGCGGGUCUUCUGGCUCUUGCACCGUCACCCUUCCCGAAAAAUCUCAGAAGAAGAGUACGGGAAAGCGAUGGGACGUCCUGCGAUGCUGUGGAGACGUUUUGUUCAUUGAAUUUGUAUAUGAUAGCUGGCGUCGACGGUCGAACCACCUUCCGAUCUCGGACCUGCACAUCUUUGUGGACCCAAUCAAGCCUGCAUGGGAGGACCCACUGAACGGAGGAUGGGGGAAGUGGACGAUCCAGCUAAAGAAGCGGCUGGCGAACCGGGGGCUCUGGGAAACGCUGAUCUUCAGCCUCGUCGGCGGCGGGCUCGAGAAGCUCAUCGCCAACCCGGACAGCCUCUCCAACGACAAACAAUCCCCCACCCGCGAACACAAGGAGAUCUGUGGGGCCGUGCUCAGUAUCAGAAGAGGCGAUGACAUCCUGGCCGUCUGGCAUAGAACGGGCGCUCUCGACGUCGGCGGCGACGGCAAGAUGGUCAAACACGUCAAAUUGGCACUCCAAACAGUCUUGCAGCUGCCCUUGAAUUGCCACCUGGUCUACAAGCUCAACGCCGACUGUCUCUCGUCGAAUGUUGCAAGACCUAUCGCUCGUCCGCUGGCUUCAACAUCUGAACCCGCCAACCAUGCUAAGUCUGCCGUCACCCAUCCGAUCUCCGCCGAAUCGGCGCCCUCAGAUCCUCGUCUGGCGCGACUCCCGCGACUGCUGAUCGAGGAGCCGUCGAAACCGGCAAGAAACAGUCACCAUGUUUCCCACGUUUCACACAAAUCAAACGCUUGUUAG